AGUGGGAGGAAUAGUGCCCCGUCAUUGGUGUCAGUGGAAGGAAUAGUGCCCCAUCAUUGGUGUCAGUGGGAGAAUAGUGCCCCAUCAUUGGUGUCAGUGGGAGGAAUAGUGCCCCAUUAUUGGUGUCAGUGGGUGGAUGGGAGGAAUAGUGCCCCAUCGUUGGUGUCAGUGGGAGGAAUAAUGCCCCAUCGUUAGUAUCAGUGGGAGGAAUAGUGCCCCAUCAUUGGUGUCAGUGGGAGGAAUAGUGCCCCAUCAUUGGUGUCAGUGGGAGGAAUAGUGCCCCAUCGU